GCCCUUCCGCUGCAGCAGCAAUAGCGGCCGGUGGGGGCCGCGCAGGCGCAGGUGUGGACGCGCACGGGGUGACCUUGGGGGGCACUGGUGCCGCUUCCCCGCCCGGCCCAGCGCGGAGCCCGCGGCCAUGGCGGCGCCCUGGGGCAGCGCGGAGCCGCCCGACUCGGGCUGGGAGCGCCUGCGCCAGCUCUGGCAUCGCGACGAGGUGGGCAACAUAUCCGAGGAUGCGAUGGACAUCAUCAAAAGCGCCUUCUCGGCUAUGGUGGUGGGCUUCAUCUACGGUGGCGCACCUGCCUUCCUGCAGGCCAAGCGGCAGUUUGUGGAGCGCGCCCAAGGGGAUGUCUUCUACAGCCGCCUGGAUGCCGUGCAAUCAGCACAGACUGCUGGACUCAGGGGUUUCAUCCGGUAUGGCUGGCGCUGGAGCUGGAGAAUUACUGUAUUUGUGACAGUAUUCAACACAGCAAGCACUGGCCUGUCUUUGUACUAUGAUAAAGUCAGCCUCAGUCAUUAUGUUGCAGCAGGAGCCCUUACAGGAAGCCUGUUCAGAAUGCAUUUGGGCCUGCGUGGCCUGGCAGUGGGCGGCAUCUUUGGGGCACUGUUAUGCAUUCCUGCAGGAGGACUACUGAUUGCAGUGCAGAAGCUCUGUCCAGAAACCAUGGUGGAAAGACGAAAGAGGAAGCAAAGGGAGCUGUAUGAGCAGAAGACAGCAGAGUGGGGAGCCAGGCUUAAUUCAAUUGAAAUUGCCUUGGAAGAAAUGGAAAGGGAUAAUAAGAAAGGAGGCAUGGAGGAAGAUACCAAGAGGAUUCAAGAAUUGCUUAAUCUGCCCAAGAACUCUCUGCCAUCAGAAGAUAGGAAUUAAUUUGAUUCUGGAUGUAGACCUCUGACAUCUUCACUGAAAGGCUGGCAUGAAUCAGUGUGUCCCUUCUGCUUUUGACAGCCACAAAUGAUGACCAUGAAUCUUGGCACAGGGAGUGUUAGAGAGCCUUGGGAAAUGGAAACGCCAGCUCCCAAUGAUGGCUAAUGUACACAGCUAGGAGAGGGGUGGGACAAUAUGAGGGUGAAUUGUCCCACCCCCACCUGGAGCAGCGCAGCAGGGGCAAGAAUGGGAUGGGGAGCCACUGCUGGAGGUGAGGGGAGUUAAGCAGCACUCAGCCAGCUGCAGCCACACCAGGAACAGUCCCAGCAGAAGCUGCAUGUGCUGGCAAGGCCAGGGCUGGUGUGACUUUCUGCUCCCCAUGCCUCCAGCUAUGGCUCCUGCUUCUGCUGUGCUGCUCUAUGCGGGCAGGUGGGAAGAAAGCUUCAGCUGGAUGGCUCCUGCCGCAGUGUGUGGGGCUCUGACUCCAGCUUCUAUCUGCGCCACCUGCCCACAGGUGGCUGCUCUUCACCAGGGAUCCUGCUUUUCUCUGAUUUAAAAAAAAAUCCCCAAUUUUUGGUUUAACUCCCCUUCCCCCCCCAUGCACAUUUUUCCAUGAUUAAAAUGAAACACCAUUAUAUAUAUGUAUCUAUAUAUUAGUGAUAUUUCAUUUUGAUCAUGGAAAAAUGUGGAUUUUAGGUUCCUUUUUUUUUUAAUUCCCAAUUUUUGCUUUAAAUCGGAGAAAACCAGGAUCCCAGCUCAUCAUGCUGGAUGGGCAGAGUGAGUAGAAGGCAGCCAGGAGCUGGAGCAGUGCAGCAGGAGCAGCAGCUGUAGCUAGAAACAAGGGAAGCAGAACAGCCCCACUGGCCCAGGCCCUAGCCAGUGCACAGCUUCUGGUGGGACUGUUCCCAGUGCAUUUGUAGCCAGCCAGGUGCUGCUCUGCUCCCCCUCCCUCCAGUUAGGCUUCUUCCACUCCUGCCCAUGCUGUGGCAAGGUGUGGGGAGAAGCUUCAGCCUGGCAGCUCCUGCUGGAGAUGAGGGGAGCAGAGAAGCACCUGGCCAGCUGCAGCCACACCAGGAACAGCCUCACCUGAAGCUGCACGCUGGCCAGGGCCUGAGUCAGGGUUGGUGGGUUAGGGUUGGCAGGUGUGGGCAGGAGCUCAGCACAGGCUGCCCCAGGUGGGGGUCAGCCCCAUGCAUAGUGCCACAGGGCCAACCACAGACUGAGCAAGUACUGCUGCAUGCACCCCCCUCCCCCCCACACUAUAGGGCAUGCUCAGAGCAGAUCAUGUGCAUCCUGCUCCUGAGCACUGCUCCCUGCCCAGCCAAAGCCCCAUAGGGAUUUUCGGUGAGUUGGGGGGAGGGGGGUGUUGACCUGGCCCGUGACAGCUCAUCAAUACUCCCUGUGUGGCCCUUUGGCCCAAAUAAUUGCCCACCCCUGUGCUAAUCCCUUCAACACAUCUUAACCUUGUUCUGGUGGGACCAGUGCUGUGGGUUGAAGAAGUCUGCUGAGUGGGUCUGGUCAGGCUGCUCACAGUAAUAGAGACUUGGCUGUGAUCAUGAUUGGAGUAUGUUACAACUGAGGCUGAGGGAAGGAAUCAGGCUUCCUGGAGAGAACAGGCCUUGGGAAUCUCACAUAAAGAACAUCCUUCUGGAAUGGGUCCUACAGCAAGGAUGACACUUCUGUUGGCUGGAGGGAUUGGCAUUAUGGGGCAAAGAUACCCCCUAAUAAUAAGUUACAAAUCAUGAUAUCAUCCUGGAGGAAAGAUUGAGAGUGUUGUUUAGACAAAAAAGAAAAAUUAAAUAAUAUUGUAUAGACCUUGUCUUCUAGGAUUGUCUCUUGCUCUGCCCAUGUGGUAUUAGUUCUGGGGAAAAGGUCUGAGCCAUAGCCCGUGAGCGAGGUUCACCAAAGCUCAUCAGUAAGGGUGUGGGCCGUCAAGUCUCACAGCCCCAUUUAGACUUUACCAUGAUUCAGUAACAAGAAGCCUGAAUAAGUGAAAACCUCAUUUCUCACGGGUAUGAUCCAAUGGUUCUCUGGUAGCACUAUGAAGUGAACAUUUGGACUGGAUUUGAAUUAAUAAUGGCCUGUAGCUGUAAGAGUUAUGUCUUCCUUCACCAUUUUGUGCUAGGCAGAGGGUUGUAAGUGCAAGUUCCCAUUCUGUUUAACUGAAAUAAAAUGCCCAACAAGGUUGAAGUCAGAAGCAAGCUCUUUUCUGCCUCUGGCACUUAAUGCUCCCUGACCCUGGAAUGAUUUUAUGGCUCCCUUUCCAAAAGUUCAGCCAGCUGUAUAUUAUCACUAAGUUCUGCCCAAACAUUAUUCCUCCCCCAGGGUGGUUGGUUACAGCUGCACAGCUCCUUUAGCAGAGCAUAUCCCAUGCACACAAGCCAGAUUUUUGGAUACAUUUCCUCAUUUUUAAUAAGCACCUACUUUUCAUAUUUUCCAAAAGGAGCAUUUUGUUUGUUAAACAUGGUACUGCAGAAGGAGACAAAUGCAUUUUUUGGUUGGGCUUUGUUUUUCUUCUCCCCCUGCUCUACCACAGAGGGAGAAAUGUGUAUUGCUUUGGUGCAGCUUAAUUCUCAGCCCUCCGCCCCCUCCCAGUUUAAACUCCCCAGUGCAGCCAACAUGUCCUUCUGGCCAAAGAAGUCUAGUCCCUUGCUAAGAUUACUUUUAGUCAUUGACUAGCUUUCUUUUUUCCCAUGCCUACCUAUGGUUUUGCUGGUACCUGCCUACCAAACAUCCCACACCCCCACAGCUUGCUUUUUGUGGUGACAGAGCAGCAUGUACCUCAGUCUCAUUAUGCCUCUUCCUCUUUUCAGUGCCCUUUGUGCAAUGACUAAGAUGAUGCUCAUUUUCCUGUGCGUGGCCUCUUGCACGGUGGUACUCUUUCUGAGAAAAUAAUUGGAACCUACCUCCCAUUUUCCAUUGAUAUAUUUUUCCCUUGUCCCCCCCUCGUUCAGGGUGGUGAGAAUCGAAUGCCUGGCCAUACUGUGCCUUAGCGUUGUCAGGUUCCCAUAUUAGCAGUUGGUCUGUCGGUGUUUAGAAACAGAAUCACCCUUCUUGCUGUGUUUCCUGUAAAGUAAGCAUUUCUAUGUAGUUCCUUAUUUCUUCUAAUAAAGCCAUUGACUAGAAUGGGAAGAGUAAA